AUAAAUGAGGUAUUGAAUCGGAGAGCUGGUGACUUGCAGAAUUUUUCUACUGAAACUACCAGAGAGCAACUUGAAAAGUAUAAGAAAAAGCGAGUAGUUAGGCAGGGAUUGCUCAAGACUACACAUCGUCAUAUAUUGGAUAUUGCGGCGUUCAUGCUAGAAACUGACAGCAAUGUGCUGGAGGACGGCAUUUUGGAUAAAGAUGAAUAUAUAGAAACAUUCAAUGAUUUUUUCAUGGAAGGUGGGCGACGAGCGGUAUUGAUAUAUUAUCAGCCAAUGGUGCCACCACCGUUUGAUUCUGGGAGAUGGACGCUACAGCUGGCCCAAAAUUCAUCAUUUAUUCGUUGUUGUGUUACCGACGGUUCUACCGAAAAAUUCACUGGAAAAUGUAUAAUUGUUUAUCGUCUGAAUUCUGGAAUGGAAUUUGGAACCAAACAAUUGCUUCAGGAGAUUUAUUAUGCUUACACAGAAACUGAUGAAUUUUUUUUGAGUAAUUUACACGCGGUCAUCGCACUUAUGUUGCGUGUUAAUGUGCCUAAUAUUCAAUGUAAUACCCAUUGGAGUAACGUUAUCAAAAAUGCUGAGAUUGAGUCGAAGAGAAAAGACAAAUUUACGGAAGACCUAGCAGAUUUUUGUAAAUAUUUGGAAAGGAUUGAUGAGGAUCUUCAGAAAACUGUCCAACUAGAACAAUACCCCAGAGUACUACGAGAAUAUUUGUCAGCAGAGGAAAAAAUUAUGAGUUAUACCAUGAAUGACGAUGCUAUACAAGAAUUGGAGAGAUGGUUAAAGAGAACAAUCAAAUCUAUACAAAAAGUACUGGUGGAAAGCCAACAAGUCCAACGCGAGAGUGAAGACUUCGGGCCAAAUUUUGAAUUGAUGUAUUGGCGACAUAUUCUAAUGCAAUUUUCAUUUAUUUCGGAGCAUAUGAAACAUCCUGAAAUAACACGAUUAAUAAGUCUAGUUGUUGUGGUCGAUUCUAAGCUUGGGAACACAUGGAAGAAAUUAGAAGAUGACGUUGUUAACAUGGAAGUAUUAGCACGAGAUAAUAUCAACUAUCUCCACUCACUUGAAAAAUUAACUGAACCCUUGUAUCGACUAAAACCAACAGAAAUUAGUGAUUAUUUACCUGGCUUAAUGUAUGCGAUUCAAAUGAUAUACUCGACGUCGAGAUUUUUCAAUACCAAGCGAAUGUUAACAUCCAUAUUUGUUAAGAUCACCAACCAAAUGAUACUUUCAUGUAAAGCUUACUUGACAGAGAAUGGGAUGCUUGAUAUCUGGCGAGAUUGUAAAAGUAGUCUAAUUUCACGGAUUAAGGAUUGCAUCAAUCUUUACGAGCAGUACUACAAAAUCUGCAAUGCGCAAAUGGCAAAGAAGAUGGAUGAUACGAUUGAAGAACGGUUACAUUUUGAAAUUUCUCCAAUUUCUGUGUUUGGAAAGUUUGAUACUUUUAAACAAAGACUGGAUAAAUUGAUCGACGUCCUCCGGAUGAAUUUGUCACAUUCAAUUUUGCAUAGUUCAACAAUAGAAGGCAUCGAUGUAUUUGCAAACAAAUUUGCGAUGAUUUUCCAUAAAUUGGUAUCCCAGCCUUAUGAUUAUUUAGAUCACAGAAGACUUGAUUUUAAUAACGAUUAUGAAGAAUUCAAGAAAAAUGUACUAGUAGCAGAAGACGAUCUGAGGAACUUCAUUUCAACAGUAUUAGCGCUGGCGACGAAUAUUGAUGAGGCACUCACAAUCGUACUCAGAUUUCAAAAAUUGAAUCUUGAUCGUUUGUGGAUCGAUUCAAAAUAUUUGAAGCUCAUUCCAAUGUAUGAAUCAAAAAUCGAUACAAUUAGAGAUAUUUACAAUGAAGGCAGAUCUUCCCCAGUAAUAGCCAGAAAUAUUCCGACGGUUGUUGAAAGAAUUUUGUGGGUUCAGCAUUUGAGCAGAUGCCUUCAAAAACCUAUGGAAAUUUUUAAACUCCGACGAAAAGUCAUUAUACAUGAUAAAAUGCAGAAAUGCAUAAAAACUUAUAAUGCGAUUCUCAAUGUAUUCACUCACUACGAAAUGAUACACCAUAGAGCCUGGUUCGAUUCUGCAUCAGUCGUUCGCCUAGCUUUAGCAUCGCCGCUGUUACUUAUACAUUCAAAAACUAAUAGAUAUAUUGUGAAUUUUGAUUCAUAUAUAUAUCGAGUAUUCUGUGAAGCCGAAUACAUUUCAAGACUGAAUUUCCAAGUACCAGAAUUUAUUCAGGUGACGACCCUUUCUAAAGACAAAAUCAUCGCAACUUUUGCGAAUAUUCAACAAUUGAUAGAACAGAGUGACGAGGUGCGACAGUCAAUACCAGGCCUAUUCCGAAACUUGAUGAAGCCGUUAUAG